CUUUGAUUUGUUUUGUGAAUUCUCAUCGACCCUUUUUGGACUUCGGCCUUGAUUUUUCUGGGUUUACGUUUGAUUUUUUAUUUAUUUUCUUUGUCUUUAAUUUCUCUGAUGGAAGAUGGUUAUCGACGACAAGGCUUGGUGGCACAGGCACCUCCUCCUGGCUACUUUGUUCGACUAGAAAAUUCUGACGAUUUGUAUUUGAGGAAAAGAUCAAGGAUGCGUCAAUGGCUUUGCUGUUCGUGUUUGGUCGAGGAGAGUUACCAACCACAUGAAAAUGAGCACUUGAAGAGCCCUGAUGACGAUACAGAUGUGAAUCAAAAGAACUCAAAGGCGGCAGCUCCUGCCAAGAACGAAGUGCAAAAAUCAGUACCACCUAUUGAAGUGCCUGCAUUGUCAUUGGAAGAAUUGAAAGAGAAGACUGAGAAUUUCGGAUCGAAGGCUUUGGUUGGUGAGGGUUCAUACGGAAGAGUUUAUUAUGCAAACUUGGACAAUGGAAAAGCUGUGGCUGUGAAAAAGCUCGAUGUUUCUUCCGAGGCCGAGUCUGAUGUUGAGUUUCUGACCCAGGUUUCAAGGGUUUCAACAUUGAAGCAUGACAAUUUCGUUCAGUUGCAAGGUUACUGUGUUGAAGGAAACCACCGUGUGCUUGCAUACGAGUUUGCGACAAUGGGAUCACUGCAUGAUGUAUUGCAUGGUAGGAAGGGGGUUCAGGGAGCACAACCAGGUCCUGUGCUUGACUGGAUGCAACGGGUUACAAUUGCGGUUGAUGCCGCAAGGGGCUUGGAGUACUUGCAUGAGAAGGUUCAACCCUAUGUUAUACACCGAGAUAUCAGAUCUAGCAAUAUCCUUCUCUUUGAUGAUUUCAAAGCGAAGAUUGCAGAUUUUAACCUCUCAAACAAGUCUCCCGACAUGGCUGCUCGUCUACAUUCCACUCGAGUUCUGGGAACCUUUGGUUAUCAUGCUCCAGAGUAUUCAAUGACUGGUCAGUUGACGCAGAAAAGUGAUGUGUACAGUUUCGGGGUUGUCCUCCUAGAGCUUUUGACCGGAAGGAAACCUGUCGACCAUACAAUGCCGCGUGGACAGCAAAGCCUCGUUACCUGGGUUACUCCAAGAUUGAUUGAAGAUAAAGUUAAACAAUGUGUAGAUCCAAAACUGAAGGGAGAGUAUCCUCCUAAAGGAAUUGCUAAGUUAGCAGCUGUGGCAGCAUUGUGCGUGCAGUACGAAACUGAGUUCCGUCCAAACAUGAGCAUCGUCGUCAAGGCUCUCCAGCCACUGUUGAAGUCCACCGUUCCAGCACCAGAACCCGAGUCUUAAAAUCAGAUGAGCCCAGAUUCCUCACCUUUCAUGCCCAGUUUGGAUUCAUUCAUCUGCAGAUUCCAUCAGUUCACAAAUACUAAUCAUAUUUCUUUCUUUCCAAACUUUUCAAGUAUACCAUGAACAUGUAGGAUUGAGUCCAACGUUACUGCGGCCGAUAUGAUCUGCCUGUCACCGGUUUUCACGCGUCGGCUGCUGAACCUUUUUCGAGUUGUAGUCGUAAAAAGAAUUGAACAAGGGAUUUAGGUUGUGU